ACAGGAGGAACUGGCUUUGCUUAUGGGAAAAUCAAAUUAAAGCGACAUAUGGCUGCAUGUAUGGAAGUACAUGUAGAGAGAGCGUUUUAAAUAGACAUUUUUUGCAGUGCAUGGUGAGGAUUUUACUAUGCAGCCAGACUCCGCCUGCUCAGCGCGCGUCACUGGCGAGUAGUGUGGACGCGGAGUCACUCCCCUGCCUACUUUUAAUAGCUUUGUCAUGUGAUGGAAAGCAGUUGUAAGACAGGUGCCCUCGGUUCAUUCUCGGCGAGGGGCAGCAGUUGCCUGUGUGAGAGCGAGUGGGAAGCGUGUGUGGACUUUUCUACUUGAUUUCUUUAUUUUUUCUUUUUUUUUUCUUUUUUCCCCCAUUUUUUCGGACCGUCAUUCAGUGGCUGGAUGGCGUGGGACAGGUGUAACCAGGACUCGGUGUGGAGAGAAUUAGAGUGCGCGUCUGGCUGGACACUGCUGGGGAUGAGGCGGAUAUCCAACACGGGAAUAUAUGACAAGUGGAGGAAAUAUGCGGAGUCUUCUUUUUCGCCACAGUUAAAGAUGUAGUUGUAAUGUAUGCUCAGGCUCUGGACCGGUGCUUCUCUCAUAGGAUCUGUGUGUUCAGAGCAGAGCGAGUGUUGGCAAGCUGGCGGAUCUGUACGCGCUCCGGUACCGGGAAGGUUCUCUUGCCGAAAUGACUGAAAUGUCCCAGAGUCAGUGCGCUGCCUUGGUUGGUGAAGACCAGCCCCUCUGCCCAGACCUCCCUGAACUUGACCUCUCAGAGCUGGAUGUCAGUGACUUAGACGCAGACAGCUUCCUAGGUGGCCUCAAAUGGUACAGUGACCAAUCAGAGAUCAUUUCGACGCAGUAUGGCAACGAGGCAUCCAAUCUUUUUGAGAAGAUAGAUGAAGAAAAUGAGGCCAACUUGCUGGCAGUGCUUACAGAGACCCUGGACAGCAUCCCGGUGGAUGAGGACGGAUUGCCUUCAUUUGAGGCCCUGGCAGAUGGGGACGUGACCAAUGCCAGUGACCAGAGCUGUCCCUCCUCCCCCGACGGCUCACCACGCACACCAGAGCCCGAGGAGCCUUCUCUGCUGAAGAAGCUCCUUCUGGCACCCGCAAACUCCCAGCUCAGCUAUAAUCAAUACACAGGUGGCAAGGCACAAAACCAUGCAGCCAGCAGCAACCACCGGAUCAGACCACCACCUGCCGUCAUCAAGACGGAGAGCCCCUGGAAUGGAAAAGCAAGAGGGGGCUCCAGCCAACAGAACCGCCCGGUGAGGCGGCCUUGUACUGAGCUGCUGAAAUACCUUACGGCCACCGAUGACAUCCUGCUCCACACCAAAGCCAGUGAUGCCAAGAGCACGUGGGGUGGUGCCAGCAGCAGAGAAAAGAACGGCCUCGGCAUUGGUGCCUCUUCAUCCUCCUCGUCGCCAUCCUCGUCAUCCACCUCCUCGUUCUCCUCUCUCUCCUCCACCUCAUCAUCUUCUUCCAACUCCUCCAAGAAGAAGUCAGCUGUGUCGUCUCAACAGCAGCAGCAGCCACAGCAGCAGCAUCACCAGCGAGGUGAGAGCCGGGCUGCAGGCGAGUGUAGUGUGGCUGGUGUUGGGGCUGGGAAGUGGCAGCGUUGCACUCACGAUGGCGGUAUUGAGGAGUUGGAGGGUGCUUCUAUCCCUGUCGGCCACAGAACCUCCAUCUGCGGCCAUGCCCGCCCCAAACUGGAGCACGGGCUUCCCAGUGAAGAAGGAAGGCCGCCAGGCGAUGCGGGCCGCCUGGCCGCCGCUAGGUUUAUUAGGUAUAUGCAUUCUUAUUCCCUCCCUCCCAGAGAGGUGAGUCACAGCUGUGAGCAUUGCCGAGAGGCUGCGGGCGCCACUCAGGCUAGUCGGGGAUUUGGCAGGCAAGGCCGUAGCAAGAAAAGUGGUGCCAGUCAUGUACCACCUAAGCACAUCACAGUGACUAUUAAGAAACGAGAUGGGAAGCUGGGGCAUCCUUUACUUAGCCAGCUGCUCACUUCCAAGCCGAGGCCUUCUCAGUACUCGUCCCACCCCCAAUCUAAAAUCACCUCUUUACCAAUUUCUCAGGGCAAAUCGACAGGUAAGAGGUCUAAGAGGUUACCCAAGACUAUUUCAAAGGUGAAGGAGGAAGAGUCCAGACGUGUAAGUCAGGCUGAAAAGCAAGACUACGUUCCCCUGUUGUCACCCCUUUCCUUUGACUUUGAGAGUUGGGUUAGCCAAACAGAUCCAGGGAUGUAUACUGGCUCUGGACUAGAACUGGAUUUGCCAAUCCAGGUGGGCUAUGGGGAGGAUGCUAACCAUUAUGAUGAUGAUGAUGGUGUUGAUGAUGCUGAUGAUGAUGACCAUCUGAUGGGCAGCCCAGCAGCAGGGCUCUCACAGGGCCCACGAAGCCCAUUCUUCCCAGAUACUAGAAAUGCAGAGCCCACCCCUCCCUGCAUCACACAAGGGCAAGGGCACCUACACAGACAGGCACUCAGCAAGCACCCCGAUGACCAGGGCCUCCCAUUGUUAGCCAAACCAACCACCUUGCCACUUCCUUUGACCCCAGAGUCUCCAAAUGACCACAAGGGAUCACCGUUUGAGAACAAAACCAUUGAACGCACAUUAAGUGUGGAGAUUGCUGGAACCCCAGGUCUGACACCACCUACCACGCCCCCACACAAAGUCAGUCAAGAGAAUCCUUUCAAAGCAUCGCUUAAAACCAAGUUGUCUCCAUGUUCCUCCUCGGCCUUGGCAUGCAAAAGAGCCAGGUUGACCGAGCUGGGCCCCAGCACUCUGGCCCCAGCCCCAGGUGCCUCAGGCGGGGGCCCCAACAGGAAGGGUCCCGAACAGACUGAGCUUUAUGCCCAGCUGAGCAAAGCAUCAACUGCUCUCCCUUACGCUGCCACGCAACGCACAUUGGCGGGCAGUCUCAAUGAGCAUUGCAGCACUAGCAACAGUAAGAGGUCGGUGUCGCGUGGCCACAGUGACCAUGACUAUUGCCAAGCGUCAGCUAACUCUAAGAAGGAGGGCAGCACAGCCACUGCCGCUGUGACUGUGGCAGCCAAAAUGUCAACCGCUGCAGGUACCGCUGCUGCUCUCAUGCCGCCGACAGGCACAGUGGAAGACAGGCAUUUUGAAUGUAAGGACUCAGUCAUGCCACCAUCUUCAUCAUCUCCAUCUUCUUGCUCUUCAUCAUCACCAUUAUCUUGUCCUUUGGCCAAGCAGCAAAAGUCGCUCACUAUGGAUGAAAAAGCAGACCGGAUUCAGGGGAAGCAGACCCCGAUGCAAAGCUCUGAAACUUUCUCCCAGGGGGCCACAGCUGAAAGGGACCACCAACAACACUCUGCUGCCUGCAGCCGGAAGCUCUUGUGUGACCAAGAAAUCAGAGCGGAACUUAAUAAGCACUUUGGCCCCCCCUUAAAAAGCCUCUGUAGUCAAGGUGGUCAGAAGAGAGAACCAGAUAGCAAAACAAACAAAGCUGCCUCUCCCAAAGGGGGAGACGAAGACUGCUACCCAGAGAGGCAGCCAGGCGCCAGCUAUCUGCAUCCAGGGAUUCUGCCCUUCCACGAUGAGCUGGCGCUGGGCACAGGCCGUGAAAGUCGUUUCCUCUACCCGUGGGAGGGCACCCCUCUGGACCUACUUUUUGACUGCCCCCCCUGCUCCCCCUCCUGUUCCCCACCAUCCAGCUGCUCCCCCUCGCGAGGCUCUGUCUCCCCACCGUCCUCUCUCCUCCUCUCACCUGGGAGGCCUUUCUACUGGACCAGCAGUGGGUCCCGCUCACGAUCCCGCUCCCAAUCUGGCUCCCGCAGCUCCUCCUCACCUCACAGACGGCGCUCCCUCUCCAGCUCACCUGACAGACGUCCCUCCUCCUGGUUUCGUCCCAACACAGACUCAAACACUUUUCGUUCCAGGACUCAAAAGAGCCCCCACCCUCAGUCCCGUUCUCCUCUCAGCCGCAGGCCAAGGUAUGACAGUUAUGAGGAGUACCAGCACGAGAGGCUGAAAAGGGAGGAGUACCGCCGGGACUACGAGAAACGGGAGUUUGAAAGAGCCGAGCAGAGAGAGAGGCAACGGCAGAAAGCAAUAGAAGAGAGACGAGUGGUGUACGUGGGGCGACUGAGAUCCAACUGUACAAGGACAGAGUUGAAGCGUCGCUUUGAAAUCUUUGGCGAAAUCGAAGACUGUGCAGUGAACCUGAGGGACGAUGGGGACAAUUUUGGCUUCAUCACGUACCGCUACACUUGUGACGCCUUUGCCGCCCUUGAGAACGGACACACCUUACGCAGGUCAAACGAGCCUCAAUUCGAGCUGUGCUUUGGCGGACAAAAGCAGUUCAGCAAAUCUCAUUACACAGACUUGGAUUCCCAUUCGGACGACUUUGAUCCAGCCUCCACCAAAAGCAAGUACGACUCCAUGGAUUUUGACAGCUUGCUGAGGGAGGCACAGCGCAGCCUGAGAAGGUAACCAGUUCGGUGGCACCUGCUGUCUGUCACAGACAAAGAGGGGACGUCCUAUACCUCACUGUUGUUUCUCGCCCUUGUUGACGACGAGACUGAAAGAAGUUUUACACUCUGUCAUAGAGUAUAUAAGAUGAAGUCUAUAGACCUAUAUCAAUAUAAAUGAAUAUAUCAAAAACAAAGUUUACAUUAACUUAGCUGCUGAAGAGC